AUGGGUAUCAAUAAAAAUAAGCUUUUGAGGCCCAAGAGGGCAUCUCUUCAGUUUGUAGAGGAAGGCGAAUGGUCAAAAGAGGCUGAGCACAUUAAAUUGAAGAGUCACCUUGGAGAAGCACAAGCCAAGGACUUAAAGGUGAAGCAAGCUCAGCUGGCAAAGGCAAAGGCAGAGCAUGGUAUAAAUCCAAAUCUGAUAGAGGUAUCAGAGAGAGUUAUCACCAAAGAAAAACCAAAGGAUCCACUUCCUGAAAUCGAGUGGUGGUAA